UUUGAACUGUUUUCUCCAGCCUCUGAUGCUUUCUAGUUACUCGCAGUUCCCAGUUUUUGUAGCAUUGUUUCCACUUUAUUUCUUUCUGGAGCCCUGGAUUCAGCAUUUAGGUGGAUGACUGUUUUAAGAGACGGCAAGGAAAGCAUUGAUAAAGGUUGUUUUGCUUCCUUUUAUUGUUAAGUUUGUUAAAAAGUCACUGACUGAAGAACAGUAGCGUGGAUAAACACUGCCAUUUCAAAGACCAGUGCAAAUAUGUGGCGUCAUCAGGGGCUGCAUUGCGUUACAAGCCAAGGGAUGGUCAUGCUCCUUGUGCUGCUAACUAUCUCCAUACCCCCUCACCUUUGUGACGGAACCCCAGAACCAUUAAAAUCCUUUUUUCCCCCUGAAUGGGGUCUGACACAUUUAGCCAUCCAUAACAAGACAGGAGAUGUGUACGUUGGUGCGGUAAACUGGAUCUACAAGCUCUCCAGCAACUUGACCAAGUUGAGAAGUCACAUGACGGGUCCAGUAGUGGACAAUGAGAAAUGUUAUCCACCUCCCAGUGUACAGUUGUGCCCUCAUGACCUUGCCCCAAACAGCAAUGUGAACAAGCUGCUUUUAAUAGACUACUCCCAAAACCGCCUUAUCGCUUGUGGAAGCACCUUGCAAGGCAUCUGUCAUUUUCUGCGUCUGGAUGAUCUCUUUAAGCUUGGCGAACCUCAACACCGUAAGGAACACUACCUCUCGAGCGUCACCGAGUCUGGAACCAUGUCUGGGGUCAUCCUCUCAGAAGGCCACACCAGCAAACUUUUCAUCGGAACACCCAUCGAUGGAAAGUCUGAGUACUUCCCAACUCUUUCCUGCCGUAAUUUGAUGACCAACGCAGAAGAUGCUGACAUGUUCAGCUUUGUCUACCAGGACGAGUUUGUCUCUUCCCAGUUGAAGAUUCCCUCAGAUACCCUGGCGAUAUUUCCAGCGUUUGACAUCUACUACAUAUACAGCUUCAGCAGUGAACAGUUUGUCUACUACCUGACGUUGCAGUUGGAUACCAAGCUUACUUCUCCUGGUGCUAGCGGAGAACAGUUCUUCACCUCCAAGAUCGUACGUCUCUGUAUUGAUGAGCCGAUGUUCUACUCCUACGUGGAAUUCCCUAUUGGAUGCACCAAGGAUGGUGUGGAGUAUCGUCUGAUCCAAGAUGCCUAUUUGAGCAAACCUGGAAGGCAACUUGCAAACUCUCUGGGAGUGUCAGAGCAGGAGGACAUUUUGUUUACGGUCUUCUCGCAAGGACAGAAGAACAGGACCAAACCCCGUAGAGAGUCUGCACUUUGCCUGUUUACCCUAACAAGAAUAAAGGAGAAGAUUAAAGAAAGGAUCCAGUCGUGCUAUAGAGGAGAGGGCAAGUUGUCCUUGUUUUGGCUACUCAACAAGGAGCUGCGAUGCAUCAACACGGCUCAUCAGAUCGACGAUCAUUUCUGCGGGGGGGCUUUAAAUCAGCCUCUAGGGGGCACCAGCACUAUCGAAGGAAUCCCGCUCUUUAUUGACAAAGAUGAUGGAAUGACUUCAGUGGCUGCGUAUGAUUACCGUGGCAACACUGUGGUGUUCGCAGGAACGCGCAAUGGCAGGAUGAAGAAGAUUCUAAUAAAUUCAGUGAGUCCGACCAUCCCAGCCCUGCUUUAUGAGAGUGUUCAUGUGAGCGAAGGAGGACCGGUUCUCAGAGACAUGCUCUUCAGUCCUGACCAGCAGUUUAUUUACAUGAUGACAGACAAACAGGUGACGCGUGUACCGGUGGAAAGCUGCUCUCAGUACACAACAUGCACUGAAUGUAUGAGCUCCAGAGAUCCUCACUGCGGAUGGUGUGUCCUCCACAACAUUUGUGCGCGCCAUGAUAGCUGCGAGAGGGCCGAUGAACCUCAACAAUUUGUCUCCAGUGUGGAUCAAUGUGUAGAUCUGCCCGUCCUGCCCAACAAUAUGCCAGUCACUGAAAUCCAGGUGUGUUUGAAAGAGCAUCAUUAGCAUAAAUGUGCAUAAAUAAGCCUCAAUGUAAUGUUUAGUGAAGUUGCAUUAGCAGAUUCCUAGUGAAAAAUAUAUAUUUCCUUUUUCAAUAGUA